AUGACUGCAACAGCUGAUCCUGUCUGUAAACUUUGGGAAAAAUUCAGUCCUGGAGCGUUUGAAGAUGGUGACUUGAUUCUGGGGGGUUUAUUUGGAAUCCAUCUCAGGACAGCUCCGGACUAUAAUUCAUUUCACUCUGAACCACAGCUGAUUCCAUGCCUGGAGUUCAACCAAAGAGGACUGCGCUGGAUGCAAACUAUGAUCUUUGCAAUAGGAGAGAUAAACCGCAGCCUGGAGUUGCUUCCUAAUGUAACUCUAGGUUACAAGAUCCUGGAUAGUUGCGACAUAGCUUCCGAAGGCUUGAAAGAAGCCCUUAAACUGCUCAAUGACGAACAAGAUAUCAUUUCCAAUCCCAGUUGUGGUGGGUUUCCAUCGAUACCAAUCAUUGUGGGAGAUGGAGGAUCAUCACAGUCUGUGGCAGUUUCUAGAAUUGUAUCUCCAUUCGGCAUUGGUUUGGUCAGUUACUAUGCUUCCUGCACAUGUCUGAGCAAUAAGGGUGAGUUCCCCACAUUCUUCAGGACCAUCCCUAGUGAUGCUGUGCAAAUCAAAGCCAUAGUCAGACUCCUCCAACAUUUCAGAUGGACAUGGGUGGGAGCUGUGGCCGAAGAUAACGAUUAUGGUCGCUUUGGCAUGAUGUCUUUCAUUCAAGAGGUGGCUCGCUCUGACAUCUGCAUUUCUUUCAUUGAAUUCAUCUCUGCCACUCGUACUGAGGAGAGAAUUCUCGAGGUGGUAAACACCAUUAAGACAUCCACUGCCAAAGUAGUCAUCAUUUUCUGUGGUGAGGUCGAGACACCUCUUUUGGUGAAAGAACUCAGACUGCAGAAUAUCAGUGACAUCCAGCUGAUUGCCAGCGAGGCUUGGAUCACAUCAUUUCACUUGUGGACAGAAGAAACUGAUGAGAUAUUGUUUGGAACAUUGGGUUUUGGGAUUCGCAAAGCGGAAAUUCCAGGGCUAAGAGAAUUCCUUGUCACACUCCAUCCUUCUACAGCAUCAGACAACCCGUUUGUGGAAGAACUCUGGGAGGAAGUGUUUGGCUGCAGUGUAAAUAUCUUAGCUCUCAGCCCAGGUCAAAGUGAGUCAAUGUCUUUAUACACACAAUGCACAGGGUCAGAGAGUUUGGAGAACACUGAGACUAUAUACACUGACGUGUCCCAGUUACGAGUCUCAUAUAACGUUUACAAAGCUGUGUACGCUAUUGCUCACGCUCUUCAUAACUUGCUGUUGUGUGAAGAUGGGAAAGGCCCAUUUGCUAACAAAACUUGUGGCCGAAAGUCACACAUUGAGCCAUGGCAGCUGCUACACUACCUAAAGGAAGUCAGCUUUACCAAUCAGUUUGGAGAAGACAUUGCCUUUGAUGAAUAUGGAGAUCCCAUCGCUUCAUAUGAUCUCAUCAAUUGGCAGAGAAGUGAGGAUGGCUCCCUUCAACUGGUGAAAGUGGGUUAUUAUGAUGCAUCGUUGUCACCUGGAGAAGAACUAGUAUUGGAUGAAGGAAGAGUUACAUGCCAUGGGACAGGAAACACUGUGCCAGUGUCAGCGUGCAGCCAGAGCUGCGUGCCUGGUACCAGGAAAGCCUUGCAAGAAGGUCAGCCGAUCUGCUGCUUCGAUUGUUUACCAUGUGCUGAUGGGGAGAUCAGUAACCAAACAGAUGCUACAGAAUGCAUCAAAUGUCCUGUGGAAUCUUGGUCUAAUGGCCAAAAUGAUGAGUGUGUACCAAAAGAAAUUGAGUUCCUCUCCUUCCAAGACACCAUGGGGAUAACACUCACGGUCAUCUCACUGUCUGGGGCUUGUAUCACAGUGACUGUCGCAUGUGUGUUCUUAUAUUUCAUAAAGACUCCCAUUGUAAAGGCUAACAAUUCUGAACUCAGUUUCCUACUACUGACAUCAUUAAUCCUGUGUUUUCUGUGCGCCAUUGCCUUCAUUGGACAGCCAACAGCUUGGUCAUGUAUGGUGUGCCACACUGUGUUUGGAGUCAGUUUUGUUUUGUGCAUUUCCUGUAUUCUUGGUAAAACACUAGUGGUGCUGAUGGCGUUCAGAGCAACACUGCCGGGCAGUAACGUAAUGAAAUGGUUUGGAGCCACACAGCAAAGGUCAAUUGUCUUCAUCACUACAUUGAUUCAAAUGAUUCUAUGUAUAAUAUGGUUGACCACAUCACCUCCAUUCCCAGCCAAAAACUUUAAGUAUCACAAGGCAACGAUUAUCCUUGAAUGUGAUGUGGGCUCCACUGUGGCCUUCUGCUGUGUGUUGGGUUACAUUGGGCUAUUAGCCGGGACUUGUUUUAUUUUAGCUUUCUUAGCUCGAAAGUUACCAGAUCAGUUCAAUGAGGCUAAAUAUAUAACCUUCAGCAUCCUGAUCUUUUUUACAGUGUGGGUAACGUUUAUACCAGCAUAUGUCAGCACUCCUGGCAAAUACACUGUGGCUGUGGAGAUAUUUGCCAUAUUGGCUUCAAGCUUUGGUCUCCUUUUCUGUAUCUUUGCUCCAAAAUGUUACAUUAUCUUGUUAAAGCCAGAACACAACACCAAGAAACAUCUGAUGGGUAAAUAG